AUGAAUAAUCAUGAAGAAGAUGAUCAACUAUGGUCUAUACCUUCGAAUAAUAAAUCUGUUUGGUAUUUGUCUAGUAUUACUCGUCAUACUGAACAACAAUUAUCUCGUGGUCAUUCUUUGCUCAUUGUUUUUGAAACUGUUCGUAUUGCAUCCACUAUUUGUUCAGUGUUAGGUAUUUUAAGUAAUAUUGCUCUUAUAUGCGUCAUUACCAACACUUCAUUUCGUCAUGUUAGCUAUGGUUUACUCAUAAUAACCAUUGCUUUUUUUGAUAUUAUACGUCUAGUAUCUGCAAUUUUUUAUUAUCUAUUAUUUGCUAAAAUUAUUCCAAUAAAUUUAAUAACUCAAACAAUACAUAUUGCUAUUGAUCGAUAUCCUAUAUUUGUUGUUAAUUGGUGUAAGGUUCUUAUGUCAAUCGAACGUUUAUUAACCGUUCGAUAUUGGGAAACUUGUACUCAUUUAGAUUGGCGUUCAAAACAUAAACGUAAACAACGUCGUCGAUUUAUUUAUUCAAUAAUAUUUGUUCUUGUUGCUGGUCUUAUCAGUCAACAUCCAAAUUUUCUUUUAGAACGUUAUGAAUCCGUUCACAUUAAUUAUAAGCGUUUAAUGUUAACUGUAAAACAAAAUCCAAAUUUUUUAUAUGCUUAUUAUAGAUUUAAUGAAAGUCUUUUUACUUUAAUAUCUUAUUUAAUACUUGAUACGACAAUGCCUAUUUUAUCUGCAUUAUUAAUUAAUAUACUUCUUUUACGAGAAAUUCAAAAGUUAUCUUUAUCACUUCAAGUGAAAGUUAAAGAGUCAAUUGGAAUUUUAUUCUUUUUAACAGCUCUUUCAGUCGCAAUGCUUCCAAGAGCAUUUAUUGCUUUUUAUAUUCAUUACUUAGCAGAUAAUAAUAAUAUUUUUUUUGAAAAAUCAAUCAUGUUCUUUUACAUUUGUUUGGGUAAGCUUUUUCUCUCUCUUUACUAUUAUAUUGAUGUUUGA